AUGUGUCAUGUGUUUCGAUGCGAUACCCCUGCAAAAACUAUUGCCAACACUCUUCGGGACAUAUGUAAGCGACUGAUGCUCCAUAAACGGCCAACUAGCUUGCAUGCGAUUGAUGCAGUACCAGAAAGGCGCGUUAUUCGAACAGACGGUCUAGUCACACCAAACGAAGAACCAAAGAAAGUGAUACGGUGUCAUUUCCUUGGCGUCACCCAGGUGCCCCGUGCAACUGGAAUCGAAAUUCUGAACGAAGCUGUAGAUAGGCUGGUGUCUCAGGUACGGCCGGAACGCUGGAUUCUUUCUGAUGUGUCGAUAGCGCCUUCCACUAUUACCAUUGCUGAGGUUGGCGGUGGUCAGAUAGCUCAAUGCCGAGUGCGCUAUCUCUCCUUCUUAGGAAUUGGACGUGAUAUCAAGUGA